UGAAUAACCUACAAUUAGACAACAUCUAAAAAUCAUCACGAGUUAUAAUUUAAUUUUUCUGAGACUGAUGUAAAGAUACUAAAACUUCUCCACAUAAAAAAUGACUUAGCCCAAUAACAAAAUUGUUCUUCAGAUACUAAUAAAUUCUUCGUAGAUGAACCAUAGUGAAAAUCUAUAAUUUCCGUGAAAAUGUCGAAAAUUCAGCAUUGCGGUUUUAUAUCCCUUUUAUACAGCAUUGGAGAAAAACCACUGUCCCUAUGGUCAAAGCACAUUUCGCCAGAUGGGAAAGUUCGUCGAGAGAUAGAUGGGAUUUUAAACGGCGACAAAGUUAUAGAAAUAACUGGUCCUCAUGAUGUUCCUGUUUGCACAAAUAUCGCUUGCCCUGCAGAUUCUAUGCAAGUUUUGAAUAUUAAGUUACCUAUUCUGGUUUUAAUAAUAAAAAAUUUGGAUUCGAAGCUCAAAUUCGAAUUUCAGAUACUCGAUAAGAAAAGGUACCGAAGAAAAUUUACUUUCACAACCAACGAAAGUAAACCAAGAGUAACUGUGUCUGCGGCCCAAUUACCACUAAAAUUAGAAAAAGAUUGGAAUCAUUUAGAGAUUAAUUUCCAAACCUUUUGUCAAGAUAUUUUUGGAACUGAAUACGAAGUUUUGCAGCGAAUAAUUAUAUACCCAAAUUGCCGUCUCCGGCGAAUUUAUCUGCAAGAUCGACAUUACAAAGAUGAUGAAACCCCAGUUGAAUUAUGUCAAGCAUUUUUCGACAUGUACAUGUUGAAAUGGGGAAUUCAUUUCGUUGAUAGAAGUUCUCAAACUGAGGAAGCCUACACGGGACCUCUCCAACCAUGUGAUCUAGAAUAUAUAGCGAAUGAAAGUAAAGCUUCAAUUCGAAUAAUUCCAGAGCCUCCACCAGUUGGUUUGUACAAUAUAUCAAAACGUACAGAAAACAAAUUAAUUAGCUGCUCGCAUAUGCUUGAUGAGGAUAAAAUCGUUGCCGUGAAGCCCAAUUCAAAGUCUGAUAACGAAGUGGAACCAAAAGGAAAAACCAAAAAGAGUACGACCAAAGAAAAUAAAUCACAGAAUGAGUCGAGAAACGAUAAUCCAGACAUUUUAAACGAAACAAAUGUACCAUCUCAAAAAGCAACGUUAACUUUUCCAAAUCUCGAGAAAAGCAAGUAUCUUCAAAUGCUCAAAUGCCCUUUUCUAAACAAUUCGGACAAAGAAGGAAAUAUUUUUUCUAAGUGGCCUUACAAAUUUGAAGACUUAAACAGGGGAAUAAAAAACGUUCCAAUAAUAAACAAUAGCAUUCCCAAUAAAUUAAAGAGCACGUCAAAGGAUCAUGAUAAAAAAACAGAACAAAAUGUUUUGAGCAUUCCUUCGAAUAAAUCAUUACUUACGGUAAAAAAUACUGCAUUCCAGGAUCAAAGUGUGAGAAAUAUAAAGAAUAUUGUAAAAGAAGUUCAAAGAGUUAGAGAACAAAUUAACAAUAAAAAUUAUAAUAUCAACUCGGAAGUAAAAUUUGGGAACUCUAACGAUUCUACAAUUCCGUAUUUCGUCGAAUUGGAGGCAAAACCUUCGGAAAAGAAAUCUAAAAGCAAACUCUUAACAAGUGAUAAGGUAGUGAGUGACUUUUUAAAAUCCCGAUUCAUCGCGAAUAAAAAGAUGUUUGAGAGAUUGAGAGAUAAAGGUUUAACAAUGACAGAAGUGGAAUUAUCGAUAUACAACUCCAAAAAUCGAAGGAACUGUUAUGGACAAGGAAAGAUCAUUGAGAAUUAUAGAGGCUCUAUAAAUAAAGCGACAGGUUUUGGGAUAAUAGAGCCUUUAAGACCCGGCCAGAAUUUAAAGAAAGAAAACUUGAAUAAUUUGGAGAAAUCUACAAAAUUGAAAAAGGAACCCGACGUAAUUCUAUUUCCGUACCAAGAUUCAACCACAAAAGCUUCGAGUACUCAAUUAUUUGCGAUUCCAGUAUCAAUUGGCACAGAAGAACAAAAACUGACUAUGAAAAAUUCAUCGAAAUCUCGCAGGACGAGCGUUAAUUAUUUGUGGAAAAAUACUAGAGACGGAAAUAAUGUCAAUAAAUUAUCUAAAAAUGUUAGGAGUAAUCAAAAGCCUCUAAAGAAAAUAAACAAUUAGGCACAUAAAAAUUAAAUAGAUUAUAAUGGGUUAGUUUUCUAAAUUUGUAAAAGGAUAUAAAACUUAAUGAAAAAUUCCAAUUUCUGAAGAUUCAAAAUACUGGCCUCGGAAUCAUUUGAGAAAUUCAAAAUAGUUUCAACAGUAGCAUAAAAUUAAAAAAAUAGUAGCAAAAUAGCUUGAUGCAAUUUUUAAAAUAU